AUGAGGUGGAACUCAGAAGAGGUUGAAAUUCAUACUUUAGUGAUUAAGACAUCUAUGGAAGAGAUCACUUACAAUGGGCUGGUUGAUAAAAUUUGCAAAAAGCUUAUGGUAGAUGGAGCUAUGACGCAGCUUAGACUUAGCUACUUUCCACUGAUAUUGGAUCCCAAGAAGCCAUCAUAUGUUCGGAAUGAUGAAGAUGUAUUUGGUUAUCUAAUGCAAGUGAAUAAUAAUCAGUGUAGAAGGGUUUUGCAUGUGGAGCUCAUCACAGAUGUUGAGCAAAAUGAGGGAUUUAUGCAACCGUCAGAGCCACAACAUGGUGAUGAUGUUAAUGAUGGUAUGGAUACUUUUUACAAAGGUGAACCAUCAGAACCGCAGAAGGAAGAUGUUGUUAGUGAAGAUGCUGAAGAUGGUGAAGAUGGUGAAGAUGUUGGAAAUAAUGUGCAUGAAGACUUUGGUAUGUAUGAUGAUAUUGAGGUGGCACCUGCUGUAGAAGGAGAUGUGUACGUGAAUCAUACAUGGGAAGAUGGUAUUGAUUUAGUUGUAGGACAAGAAUUUGGCAAAAAGGAAUCAUUACAAGAAUUAGUGUUUGUAGCCUCCCGUAAAAAUGGUUUUGAGUUUGAUAUCAUCCAGUCAGAUACACGUCGAUAUGUGUUAAAAUGUCGUGGAGCAAAAGAUGGGUGUAAGUGGUAUUUACGAGCUGCAAAGACGAAGAAUUCAGAUCUUUUCUCAGUUAGAACGUACAUCAAGAUUCAUACAUGUUCUCGAGCUACUACAGUUACAAGCAAAAAUCGAAGGAAAGGCACACCACAGUUGGUCAGGUCUAUUUGUCAUUCUGAUUAUCCAGGCAAACUUAAAACUCCAGCACCACAAGAACUGAUUGGUUUGGUUCAAAACGCAUUUGGUGUUAAAGUAUCAUACUCCACUGCAUGGAGAGGUAAAAGAGCAGCUGCUAAUGAUGUGCGGGGAAGUCCAGAGGAGAGUUAUCAGUUGUUGCACUCUUAUUUGUAUAUGCUAGAGUACAUGAACCCUGGUACACGCACUUAUGUGGAAUUGGAUGAGGGAAACAGGUUUAAGUAUCUAUUCUUUGCCUUGGGAGCUUGUCUUGAGGGUUUUCAAGUCAUGAGAAAAGUGAUUGCUGUGGAUGCUACCCACCUUAAGAAUGCAUAUGGUGGUGUUUUAAUUGUUGCUACAGCUCAGGAUCCUGACCAUCACCAUUAUCCAAUUGCUUUUGGUGUAGUUGAUGGUGAGAAAGAGGCAAGUUGGAUGUGGUUUAUGAGCAAGUUGAGAUCAGUUGUACCAGAUGUUCCUGAACUGGUUUUUCUUUCUGAUAGAAACGUAAGUCUCCUCAAGUCAAUACGUGAGGUCUUUCCAUUGUCUCAGAAUGGAGUUUGUAUAUAUCAUUUGUCUCAAAACGUGAAAGGAAAUGUGAGUGGAGUCAAUAGAGCGACUUGUGCGAAGAAGUUCCGAGCUUGUGCUCAUGCUUAUACAGAGAAUGAAUUCUUGACACUAUAUAGUGCUUUUAGGAAAAUGUAUCCAGAUGCAGCCGACUAUCUGGACAGAACUGUUGGUGAGGAGAAAUGGGCAAGAUGCUAUUUUCCCGGAGACAGGUAUAACAUAGACACCACCAAUUGUGCAGAAUCUAUCAAUGGCGUUUUUGUAGAAGCAAGGAAAUACUCGCUGUUACCAAUGAUUGAUGUGAUUAUUGCGAAAUUAGCUGAAUGGUUUAACAAGUAUAGGAAGGCGUCUAAUGAAGUUUCUACGGCACAUAAGCUUGUGCCAUAUGUGGAGAACGAAAUGCAUGUGAGAUGUGUGGAAGCAAAUACCUUGACGGUGCAUGAGUUAAACAGCUACCACCUUGAGUACAAUGUGAUUGGGCGUGAUGGAAAGGUUUAUCUGGUUGAUAUGAGAAAUAAAAGUUGCAGUUGCAAGAGGUUUGAUAUCGACAAGUAUCCGAGUGUGCAUGCAAUAGCAGCUGCUAUCUUUAUGAGCGGGGAUAGAGAGCUCCAUCUACGACAAUCUAUCCAGUCCUCCAUAAAGAUGACUGGGUUGUUCCUGACCAUAUCCGAGCAAAAUGUAUAUUUCCUCCAGAAAUAA